AUGCAACCUGCCCUGUCCUCCGCUAGUCACCUCCUCCGCUGCAUCGCACUACUUUCCGACACGCGCGGCCCACCUCUCCCCUGCAUGCCACCUCCCAUGCGCUUCCUCCUCUUCACCUCCAAAACGGCGCUCCCUCCUCUCCGAACCCCCUCCCUCAGCCACAGCGACCGGCUCCAACUGCAGCCCACCCACGAACCAAAGUGUCGUCGUCGCACCAAAAACGAGCAGCGGAAUGCACCGAACACAACCACGUCCUUCUCCUCGUGCUGCAAGCUUCCAUUCACGACCGGCCAAAUCACCACACACAACCCACCUCGGUUUGGAGGAGGCAUCAGCAUGAGCAGUUGCGGCGGGGACAAAAUGCGCAGCAGUUGGUGCACCCAUCUGCCACGUCGAGGGGCUGUUCCGGGAAUUCAACGCAAGACCUCUCGCACCCUAAGCGAGAAUCAUACCACUAGACUAAACAGCCGACGAAUCCCGCAGGUGACCUUCCACAGCGCACCCCCACGCAACCUGCCCUGUCCUCCGCUAGUCACCUCCUCCGCUGCAUCGCACUAUUUUCCGACACGCGCGGCCCGCCUCUCCCCUGCAAGCCACCUCCCAUGCGCUUCCUCCUCUUCACCUCCAAAACGGCGCUCCCGCCUCUCCGAACCCCCUCCCUCAGCCACAGCGACCGCCUCCCCAGCCGCUCCAACUGCAGCCCACCCACGAACCAAAGUGUCGUCGCCGCACCAAAAACGAGCAGCGGAAUGCACCAAACACAACCACGCCCUUCUCCUCUUCUUGCAAGCUUCCAUUCAUGACCGGCCAAACCACCACACACAACCCACCUCGGUUUAG